AUGAGAAAUAAUUACGACUAUAACAUUUCGCUUCCCCCCAUACCAACAAUAUCCAUUCAACUUAUUCUAAUUAUAACCGCCCUAUUUAAUUACUUACAGGCUCUUUCACCCAUAACAUCAACCCUGCUAAAUGGUGGCGAUAAAAUCAUAUUAGGAACUUCCAGUGAACUCCCCGAAUAUAGUUGUGAUAACGCCCCAGACAUUCCAAAUACGGCCAUGGGUACGGGCGGUGUAAUGUAUCUUGGCGGCAACAUUGUAUCUGGACCACAGGACUCGUUGGUUGAUCUUCUUUUACCGAACAGUAUUGAAGAUUUGGACAAGGAGUUUGCAUUUACAUUUCUUCUAUCAUCACGUCUUUUUAUACGACCGCAUGACUUACUUGGCAGACUUUUGUUGAAUGUACCUGAAGAAGAACCAUUAGAUCGAUUGGUAGCAUUGCUGAGCAUAUGGACAAAUACAUUUCCGUAUGAUUUUCGUGAUGAGAGGAUUAUGUGUCACGUAAAACAUAUCGUAGCUAGGUGUGCAAAUACUGGUUUAGGUGAUGUAGUCUCUGAACUAUUGAGUGCCUUGUUAAAUCGCCUGACUGAAUUAGAGCAACAUGAAAAGGAGUUGCGUGCAUGCCAAUCACUUGUAGAUGAGACUGAAUUAAUUAAGUGGCCGUCAGCAACUCAGCUGGCACAAAUCUUAUGUCGUAUCGAACGAAAAUUAGCUAAGCACAUAGGGCCUGAAGAAUUUGUUCAAUGCAGCAGUACCGUUCACAUUAGUCGAAAUAAGAAAUCGGAAAGCAAACCAUCAGGAUCCGGUGGUCCAGGUGGUCAGGAUUCGAAGAAAACGUGCAACUUGGAAAGCUAUUUGGACUGGUCGGCAAGAUUGCGGCUACUCGUGUCGAAUGAGAUUUUAUUGUGUAAUGGAAUUCGUGAUCGCAGCAAAGUAGUUGAACUAUGGAGUGGAGUUGCACAAUACUGUCUCCUGGUGGGCAACUACAACAGUGCAACCGUAAUUUUAGAAUCCCUGGAAUCACCAGCUAUUGCAAGAUUACAAGCCACGUGGAGCAAACUUUCCACAACCAGCCAACAAUUGGAUUGUAUGCAACGACAUGCUGAUGGCUGUGGCGAUCUGUGGAUCAAACAGACCGGUGGAAAUAGUGAUGGCGAUAAGCAGCCACAGCAAAAAGUCGCAGCGUCAAGCAUAAUAUCGAAAACGAAACCAAACGAUUGGGUCGUUAUACCGGUGUUUGCCGAUAUCGUACGGCUGGCUGUACAAACACGAGAAGAGUGCUUGACUAAAUUACCGAAUGGUCAUAUGAAUGUGGCUGCUUUUUAUCGUCUCGCUGCGGUGGUGGGUGCCUUUACCAGGCAUAUGUCGGACGUUAACAGUAUAUUGACAGAGACGGGAGAAUAUGAAAACGUCUGUCGUCAUAUGCAGAAUUGUACAUUACAAACUGAUAGAGAUUUAAUGUUGGCUUCAUUCGACUGCGAGGAACCGACCAGUCAGGAAAAGCAAGCGUACCAUCUUGUAUAACGUAGACCGUUUACACUUCGACGAAAGAAAAUUUUCUCACUCAAAAUCCGAAUCAAAUUUGCACGUAAAUGAUAUCGGGCGAUACGACUCGACAGCGGAUUUGUUGAGACUUAAAAUGUUAACCAGCACCCAGGCACCGAUGGCUCCACCGAAAUUACUUGGUCCAAAUCCAAAUUGACGUUUUGUGUUUCAGUUCAAAAACCAUGGAACACUGUUCGCUAUCGAACCAAACCCAAUUAAUCCGAAUAGAAUCCGUUUCAGUUGUUUUUAGAAACACAAGACCGAAACAACAUCCUAAGUAUCAUUUGGACACAAUGUAGGAUAAAUGUAGCUGUGUAGUGUAAAAUGAGGCUAAAUAAGAUGUGCGACACUCUCGGCAGACAGGAGCAGUAGAGGCAAAUGCAGUUAAGGAACCAGCAUCCCGUUAAAAUCGUUACUUUACGCUGUCGUGGCGACCGUUGUGCGAUCGAUCAUCUUUUCAGAACAAUUUAAAUUAUUUUCCUUUUUGCUAUUGAAAAUGUUCGUCGGAAGAAAUAGUAACUUCGAUGACUUGCCUUCCAAAUCGUCGCAACGAAGAAUUAACUGAUGUGUUCGGUAACUUUUAGGAUCAGUAAGCAGAUUGAAUAUAUUAAGUACUGUGCGAGCAGUGCCAUAAUUAAAAAUGUUAAAUCCCAUCAAAUCCUGAAAAAAUAAGCUGAUAGUAAACGUGUAGAGAUCGUGGAGCCAUAGUUCGUCUGGAUAGCCGUUUGAAGUCGGGUUUUGCGAAUCGACUCUUAAGAAGAACAAAAUUUCUUCACCUUCGGCGAAAGUAAACUUUCCCGAUGAACAAAACCUUUCAGAAUUUAUUCCACGACACUAGGACACCGAUGGAUUCUUUUGAAUGUAGACUUACCGAAAUCGACGCUCCUUUUUUCUGGGACUUUUUUUAUAUACGCCUAGUUGGGCCUUGGUGCCAAGGCCCCAAAACCAGUUUAAGAUAUUUUUGAUCUUUCACACCUGAUUCCU